AUGCUUGCAGAUUCGCCAGAUCAAUUCGAAAACAGUCCCGAGAUGAAGAGCAUGGAGGUCGAAGGGCACUUCUCUAUCACAAACAAGGGGGUUCUGCUGGAUGCCUCGACGUUGAGAAUUGUCCCAAAGGAUAAACAGGCAUCCGAGUCAGCCCUGGUGCUUUUGAUAGGAUUCAUCGAUGACAUGGAUCACAUCAAAUGUUAUGGAGUCUGUCUCCAAAAAAUUGGCAGUGCCAACUACGCUCGCUUUAGGACACAGGAUCUAGCCAGCUUCAAGGAAGACAAGAGUUCCUACAAGUUGAAGCCGGUGCCUCGCCAUCAAGGCUACAUAACAAUUUCGCCUCAAGACGCCGUCCUUGCCUUCGAUAGAUCGCACAGGAAGGCGAUCAAUGUGCCAGAGAAGUUCAGCUCCAAAUCGUCCAGUACAAUAUGGAGCAUAAAGGUUUUGGAUCGUGUACCAGAACGCAUCUGGGACUACCAGAAUGGCUUAUUCUUCCGUGUCGCUUACGGACAUAGAGAUGUCGUCAGGGCUGCGUAUAUGGUCUUGAGUCUCCUUGAUCAGCAAGUCAGAUUUGCUGUCUUGUUUCACCAAUAUGGAGGCAAAGACAAAGUCGUCAUUCUGGACGACAAAAACGACAAGUGGUCAACAAUCAAGCCCAUCUUCGGACCUAAUCAAAGAUUUGACUCGGUGAAGUGGGAUGAUCUGAUGAUUGAUCUUGCAGUUCAAAGCGAAUAUCUUGAUGUGGUAGCUCAGGGUCGUUCCUACCGUGUCUCGGCGUCUUUAGACAACGUGGAAGGCAAACUUCAGAUGACACGUUUGAAACUUGACGUUGCACCUGAUGCCUACCAUCAGAUUGAGCGUUUGGAGCAGAGGCUGAGAGACUUGGAGAACCGGCUCGAAGGGGUAAAAGAAAAGAGGGACCGAGCUAGUGAUGAUGCCGGGGUGGAUGAAGGGGCAUCAAAGAAACACAAGAGUGUCAGAUAG